AGGAACACACGCUGGCGCAGUUUCUUAAUGCCAAUAGGACAGUUAAUGAUGUCCAAAAUACGACUUUGGACUGUGUAUUACAGCGUCUGUCUGCCUUCAGACAACAAACAGCGAACAAAUCGCUUUAUUGAGGUCAGUGGGACACGUGACUGCCGCUGUCCAGUUGGAUGCUCUGUUGACUAGCGGAGCUUGACAAUCGCACGAUAUGCAUCUGCUAUUAACGUAAAUUUCUCUCCCUGGAUUAAAAUAUUUACUCUAGCCUCAGCGUGAUCAUGGGACAAUGUGGUGUUAUUUCUUCGAAGACGGUUUUAGUCUUCCUAAACCUGAUAUUUUGGGCUGCCGCAGGUAUACUGUGCUACAUUGGGGCCUAUGUUUUUAUCACAUAUGAUGAUUAUGAUCAUUUUUUCGAGGAUAUCUACACUUUCAUCCCUGCCAUGGUGAUAAUUGCUGUGGGCACGCUUCUUUUUGUCAUUGGCUUCAUUGGCUGCUGUGCCACCAUUCGAGAAAGCCGCUGUGGCCUGGUCACGUUCUCAGCAGUGCUGCUACUGGUCUUUGCCACAGAGGUGGUUGUAGUGGUGCUAGGGUAUAUUUACAGAGCCAAGGUUGAGGCUGUGGUGAAUCACUCUAUUCAGAAAGUAUAUAAUGAAUAUAAAGGCACCAACACAGAUGCUCCCAGCAGGGCCAUUGACUAUGUGCAGAGACAACUCCACUGUUGUGGCAUUCAUAACUACUCUGAUUGGAUGAACACUCACUGGUUUAUUGAGUCCAAAAACAAUAGCGUUCCAGUGAGCUGCUGCAAACCCACCGUCAGUAAUUGCACUGGGACGUUAAUGCGACCAGGAGACCUUUACCCAGAGGGCUGUGAAGUUCUUGUAGUAAAGAAACUUAAGGACAUUAUGCUGUACGUCAUACUGGCUGCAUUAACAUUCGCUGCCAUACAGAUGCUUGGGCUGCUGUGUGCAUGUGUGGUCCUUUGUCGCAGAGGUCAUGACCCUGCCUAUGAACUGCUUGUCAGCACGGGUAUAGAUGCCUGAGUACUGCAUGGCAUCAUGGGAAUGGCUGGUCCUCCCAGCCAGUGUACUGUACACAUUUAAACUAAAUCAGGCUACCACUUUUCUACACUAGUAUUAAAUCAAUACCUUUUGUUUGACAAAAAAAGAAAAAAGGGGGGGGAAAAAAAGCUUUGAGCUGGUUUGAUUGUGAAGAUAAUGUUCCUAAAAUUAAGAAGUAUUGGAUUGUUCCUUUAUUUACAGCACUAGAGUCUGAUGAGAAGAAAGUCAUCAUUCAGUUAUUAUAUUGUAAACAUUUUACACUAAUUGAUUCCAUGUGUCAUGGUAAUGUGAUAUUAUGUUUUAUUACAAUGUUUGUUUAGGCCAAAGAAGCUCUAGACUGAAGUCACUGGUUGACAUAGUUCAGUUUUUUUCCUACAUUAUUUACAGUAUGUGUUGUAGAAGUAAUCCCUUGUAGUUAUAAUGAAGAAGAAAGAUUGUUAUAUAGUUGUGUUCAUUUGAAUUAUUUUCAGGCAACUCUUCUUUCCUCUCAUUCAGUGUUCACAUUUACCUUUAGAGAAAUAUCAUGAUACAAACUAAAGCAUCAGGCAGCAGCAUUAAACUUGCAAUUAAAAACAAGGUCGCAUAACAUAAAGUGCAAAUUACACUUGCAGUCAAGUAUUUGGCAGUAAAACAUAAAAAGUGUAAAGUUGAACAAAACAAUGAUUGCAUUUGUAAUAUAGAAUUGAGCUUUUGAAAAUUCACAAUUUUUUUUUUUUUUUUUUUUAACUUUUGUGGAAUGCCUGGGAACAGGAAACAAUUAUUUGCUUGGCUAAAACCUGAGUUUACAUCACUGAAUAGUGAACAGUGAUGUAACUUAGAGUAUAUUAUCUCUAAAAAAAAUAAUGAUUAUGUAUACAAAACGUACAUGACUGUUUUGUAGUGUGUGAAGAUAACCUUUCAAAUGAUCUUUUCAAGCAUCCUUGUUCUUUGUAAGAGUGACAUAGUGUCCCUCUUACAAAGGGUCAAAAACAAAAGGGUCAAAAACUCAUAAAUGUUCACUGACAUUAAUGCUCAUUCAGUGCUCACAAUGUUCACUGGCAUGAAGAUACUCAUGGGUCAUCAGCACAUGACACAUUUUUACAAUAUUUGACAAAUACAUGCUUUUCAUUUUCCCAGCAUAAUGCAGUAUAACAAUGUGUAUUUCAAAGUACUGUAAUGUAUGUGGAUCUGGGUCAAUUAAAUAAAUCACUGAACUUAAAAUGA